AUGAGGAGGCAAAUCGUGCUGCGGUCGGCGCCGUCGGGGUCGUGCCGGCGUCAGCUGCUGGAGGGGUCGGAGUGCUCGUCUCGGGGCGGGGGGCGGAGGGCGGCGGAGGUGGCCGGGGGAGCGGUGGCGGAGUGCGCGGCGGUGUGCUGCUGCUGCCCGUGCGGGCUGGCAAACCUGCUGGUUCUGGUGGCGUACAAGGUGCCGGCGGGGCUGUGCCGGAAGGCGCUGAGGAGGAAGCGGCGCCGGAAGCUGAUGGAAGCGGGGCCGGCGCGGCGGACCAAGUGCGGGUGCGACGAGAGGGAAGUUGGGGUGACGAGCCCGCUGUCGCUGGUGACGGCGGUGUCGGAGAGCAACCCGGAGCUGAUGAAGCUGGAGAAGGAGAUGUGGGACCAGUUUUACAGCGCCGGUUUCUGGCGGAGCCCCUCACAGAGGAGCGAAAUCUCAGCCAUCACUAAAUAA